AUGAUAACAAACUCAACAGCAUCUAAAGAGGCUUCGACGAAAGCAAUAAGAGCUAGUAGAAGAGUACAAGGACUGCAAGCUAGCCCGAUAGAAGGAAUAGAGCCAAACACGAAUACAGACAACACGUACAGACCGGCUGAGCCCGACGAGAAACACAUCCCGAGCGAAGAUCGAGGUCAAGAGCAACACAACACAUCACAACCAAACUUGAAUGACUCCCGUCCUAUACACUCUCAGACACAUACCUCUCAGUCAACGAAAAACCCAGGAAACUUCAUUGGUCACGUACCGAUUCCUUUCCCGGCGUCCAACCCGUUAACCACCGCCCGAAUCAGAAUUCCCAAAGGGAAGGAACCGGCACAAGAGUCCUCAUCAGACGAGUCGGACGUAGAUGACCUGCCGAACGAAUUCAUAGACAGCGACGACGAGAACGACAGAGAGCCGAGAAAACAGGACGAAUCAUCAGAGAAAGACGAAGAAAUUAACCAGAACUCGUCACCUUCUUCAGGAUCCUCAGAAACAUCAGAUAGUGCGGAAAGCUCAGACUCAGAAGACGAUUCCUCCGAUAGUGAAGAAAGUGAGAGCGACUCAAGCGAAAGUGGGGGAUCUGAUGACUCGGAAGAACAAUUAAAGAAAGAAGCGCGGUAUACCACCCAACUCCCCCAUCCUAUUAUCUCAUCCAUUAAGAAUUACCUUCCUGGAAUGAAUCAUCCUAUCCAUUAUCCACAAACUUCUAUCCAAACGAACCUAUCUCCCCGCACAGAAGAUAAGACUCAAUAG